GAACCCAACAAAUAAAAAAAAUAUAUAAUAAUAAAUGAAGAAUUUAAUACAUAAAUAUCAUGUAACUCCCCUAAACACUCUCCGGCCUCUACUAAUUAAUAUAAAACCCACUGUUUCACUCAGUACAAUGCACCUUCACUCAUAUCUUCUUCUUCUUCUUCUUCUUCUUUCUUUUGUGUACCCUUAAGCCUCCAUUAUUGUUCUUUUCAAUAUUUCAUGCAUAACCAGUACUGCUAGUAUACACUCUUAGCAAAAAAUCCCAGUUUCUUUUGUCAAAAAAAAAAAAAAUGGCUCCAAUUACUCGCAGCCGUGCCCGAAAAAGCCUAACCCAAGCCUCUCUUCUUGUCCAGAAACCUAAUAAUAAGGAGAAUCAUAAUAAGAUCAUCACAGGGAAGAGGGCUGUUGGUGUUGGUGUUCCUCAUGUUGAAAAUAACCGUCGAAUAAUUAGGAAAUCCUCAUCACUUAUCCCAAGCUAUGGUGGUAAUGUAGGUGACGAUGUUCUCGCACACAUCUUCACCUAUUUGCCAACCAGAAUACUGGUUCAACUCAGCGUUAUGUCCAAACGGUUCAAGAACACGUGGCGUUACUGUCGAAACCUCCUGUUUGGCAACGAGUUCUACAGAAAACUCCACAACCGAACCGAGUUCAUCGAUGUCGUCACCCGCAUUAUGGACAAUCACAUUGGCGAAAACAUCGAUACCUUGCAAAUCUUAAUGGACCCAACCGAUAAAGAACACAGACUCACUCAUUGGAUCAAGAUUGCUCUCAAUAAAGGUGUCAAAGUUCUAGAUCUCGACUGCGACUUAUCGCUCAACAUAUUCAAGUUCCAUCACUCGUUGUUGGAUUCCGAAACCCUAAGGGUUUUGAAGCUCAAAUACUGCAAAUUCAGUCUCCCAUCUCGGCUUCGUUUGAGAUCAGCUGCAGGUUUGGGAUUCAUAACCACUUUGGUGCUGAGAAAGGUUGUGUUUUGCGAGUUCACAGUGUACAGGAUCAUGAAACACUGUGUGAAUCUGGAGAGUCUGGACAUGACUGACUGUUCUGGGCCUAGUGUCAUAAGGAUAAUGACCCAUGACGACAACUUCAAGUUUAAGAGCUUGAAAGUUGGGAAUUCUAUGGAUAUGUUCUAUAUUGAUGUUAACUGUCCAAACCUCGAGUCACUUCACUAUUCAGGAUCAGUUCUUCAAGGUAUUCGGAUCUUGAUGAAUAAUGACCCACCCACUUCUAAGUUGAAGGACGUCAUGCUCAAUUUCUCCACUCCUAGAACAGGAAUCACUCCUUAUUACUAUGUGGAAAAGAUUCUCCAUUUAAAUCUUUAUAAUGUGUCCACGCUCACCAUAACCAGUACUGUUAUGGAGGGAGCGUGUGCUAAAAUGCGCAAUGGGAGUUUUGGGAGUCUGGACUUCUGUCUAUGGCAUUUGAAGGAACUUCAGGUGUUUAUGGACUACACUACCUUUUGCAAUGCCGUUGAUAUUGCUGACUUUGUUGGAAAAUGUCCCAGCUUACAGAAAUUAUUCCUUGAUGUUAACAAUUUCAAUUUGAUUCCGGAUCUUUACUAUGAGCUGCACCAGAAACCAUUCAUUGAAUCGUUCAGUACGAUUUUCGAAAACUUGAAGGUGAUGAAGUUGAAAGGGUUUAAAUUUCUUAACCAAGAAAUAGAUUUGGUGAGAAUGUUUCUUAAAAGGUCACCUGAAAUGGAAGAGAUGAUUCUGGUGUACCCAAAGAACAAGGACCAUAUGAAUAUGUACAUUGACCCUGGAAAUGAAGUCAUUUUCAAUCGCCUGUUUCAAGAUUGGAAAUGCUCUCCAAAAAUCCAAAUUAUUGCUCAAGAGAAUGCCAAAGACAAAACCAUCUCUCCCACUCAUGUGAGGAAAUGGUAUUGAUGAGCUUUUUGAUCCAUUCAUUGAUUAUGGACUAGUAAUAAUCGAGAUCGAGUACUAUCUAUCAGUCCUCAACCGAUCGAACCUAUCCUAUAUAUGUUUUUUUUAGAUUUUAAUUUCUGCGAAAUUUCUUUAUCUUGUUGUUUGUUUCUUGUUGUGUUUUUAUUGUGUCCAGGAAUUAGCUGAGUGUAUAUGAUGAUCAUUGUGAUGAUGAAAGUCAGUGUAUUUGGCUAAUUUCUACAAAGAACUCUUAUGUUUAGUUUUAUGUAUUGUCUUUUGUUUUAUGUAUGUUGGACUCAGUGGAUAUUUGGUUUUUCUUUAAUUUAAUCAGUUGUUAUUGAGCUUCAUUAUAUACUUUUUGUGCUAAUUGUAUAAACU